AUGGAGGAUUCUCCACAAAGAGAUGGCAAUUCUGCCAAUUUGCCACAGCCACCUGCUCCUCGUGGUCAAGGUGGUACUCCUACCCGGGGUGGUGGAGAUGCAGGAAAAGGAGGUGAAGUCAAUGAUGUAGGUGGGGGCGAAUCUGGUGCAGACCAAGAUAAUGUUUAUGGAGGAGCUGUAGAGCCACACCGAGGACGGGGAAGAGGCAGGGGAGUUGGACAAGGUAGGGGAGAUGGAAGAGGAGAAAACAGGGGAGGUGGAAGAGGAGAAAACAGAGGAGGUGGAAGAGGAGAAAACAGGGGAGGUGGAAGAGGAGAAAACGGGAGGAGGAAGCGGGGGAGGUGGAAGAGGAGGAAGCAGGGGAGGUAG